UUCAGCCAGGUGCUGGCCUUAAUGUUUGCUAUAGAGGAAAUCAACAAGGACACCAAGUUGUUACCCAAUAUUACCCUAGGAUACCACAUCUAUAAUACCUACCCAAGUGAUGCCAGCACUUUGGAGAGCUCCUUAAUGUGGCUGUCAGGACAGAGACUGGCUGUUCCAAAUUAUCACUGUCAGAAGCAGGGCAAGUCUGUGGCUAUCAUUGGAGGAGCCACUUCUGAAUUGUCAGUCCAAAUGGCUACCCUGCUUGAGCUCUACAAGUAUCCACAGAUCAGCUAUGGACCAUAUGAUCCCAUCCUGAGUGAUAAGGCCCAUUUUUCAAGUAUUUAUCAACUGGCACCCAAGGAGUCCACUCUUACCCUGGGAAUGGUACGAUUAAUGGUACAUUUUAACUGGACAUGGGUGGGACUGGUUAUCUCAGAUGAUAGUAGGGGCGAAACAUUCCUCUGGAAUAUCAGAGAAGAGAUGACCAGGAAGGGCGUCUGUGUGACUUUUACAGAGAAGAUUCCUACCACUGAGAAAUACACUAUUAAUUCUCAUACUAUUAUCAUGUCAAGAAUUGACAGAUCUUCUGCCAAUGUUAUUGUUGUUUAUGGAGAUGACAAUUCACUAAUAAUGCUGCAAUAUGGACAAACACCUUACCUCAUAUUAACAAAAGUGUGGAUUACCUCCUCUCACUGGGAUUUUACCAUAAGACCCCAUGAUAGUACACCCAAUAGUUUCAAUAGUGUUUUGAUAUUUUCAGGUAAUACAAAAGAGAUUCCAAAUUUCAAAGCUUUUCAAAGAACAGUUAAACCUAGAAAAUACCCAGAAAAUAUUUUUCUUCAAGGAUUUUGGAACUCAGCUUUUGGAUGUCCAUAUAAUUAUGAGAAAUUCAAGCAAGAAGAUUGUUCACAAAAUGCUUCCUUAGAGAUGCUGCCUUUGAGACAUUUUGACAUGGCUACAUCUAGCCAGAGUUACAAUAUCUACAAUGCUGUGCAUGCUGUGGCCAGGGUUCUGCAUAAGUUAUUCUUAACUAAGUCAGAACUUAGAGAUGACGACAGUCUUUUUAUAUAUCCCUGGAAGCUGAAUUCUCUUCUUAGAGACCUCCAUUUUAACAACAGUGCUGGUGAACAGAUAUUCAUGAAUGACAAAAAGCUGUCUGAGGCAAACUAUGAUAUUAAGUAUUUUGUGAACUUCCUUAAUGGUACAGAAUGCAUGGUGAAAGUGGGAGAGUUUAUUCCUCAAUUUCCUGUUGGUGAAGAUUUUUCUAUCAAUGAAAAUGUCAUAAUGUGGAAUGAAUAUAUUGAAAUGACUCCCCACUCUGUGUGCAGUGAGAGUUGUGGCCCUGGAUAUCAGAAAUCUCCCCGUGAAGGAGAGUCCAUCUGCUGCUUUGACUGUAUCCUCUGUCCAGGGGGGCAGAUUUCCAAUCAUACUGAUAUGGAUCAGUGCAUCAGGUGUGCUGAAGAUGAAUAUCCAAACAAGGAGAGAAAUCGCUGCCUCCAAAAGGUGGUGACCUUUUUGGCCUAUGAGGACCCCAUGGGCAUGACUCUGGCCUGCACAGCUCUGGUCUUCUCUCUCCUGACAUUUCUGAUCCUUGGCCUCUUUGUGAAGCAUCAAGACACCCCCAUAGUGAAAGCCAAUAACAGGACUCUCAGCUACAUCUUGCUCUUCUCCCUAAGUCAAUGUUUCCUCUCUUCUUUACUCUUCAUGGGUAAGCCUACCUCAGCCACAUGUCUCCUUCAACAGACAAUAUUUGGAAUCACAUUCACAAUGGCUGUGUCCUCCAUUUUGGCUAAAACAGUCACAGUUGUUCUAGCCUUCAAAGCCACAAGACCAGGGAGUAGGAGUAGAAAGUGGGUGGGCUCCAGAGCCCCCAUUUCUAUCAUUCUUGUCUGCUCCCUGAUUCAAGGAAUUCUCUGUGGUUCCUGGCUAUUGGUUUCUCCCCCAUUCCCAGAUACAGACCCACACUCAGAAGCUGGGCACAUGAUCCUUAAGUGCAAUGAGGGUUCUCUCAUUGCCUUCUAUCUUGUCCUGGGCUACAUGGCAUUCUUGGCUUUGGGGAGCUUCAUCAUGGCUUUUUUGGCCAGAAAUCUCCCUGACACCUUCAAUGAAACCAAGUUCAUCACCUUCAGCAUGCUUGUGUUCUGCAGUGUCUGGGCCUCUUUCCUCCCUACAUACCAGAGUACCAAAGGGAGAUCUAUGGUGGCUGUGGAAGUCUUCUCCAUCUUGAGCUCUAGUGCUAGCUUGCUGGGCUGCAUCUUCAUUCCCAAGUGCUAUGUGAUUCUCCUCAGGCCACAGUGGAACACUCAGGACUGGAUAAAUCAUAAAUCCUAUGCCAGGGGAAGGAAUCACUCUAAGAUAUUUCCUCAUGCCUCCUAG